UCACUUACAUUCGUAAAUAUUGUGAUCGGAAAACUGGCGAACAGCGUUUUACUAACUUCUCUUGUUGCAUAUUUAUUAACAGAAAAAAAGUCUUGCUUUUAUCUGAUAAUGCUACAUUUUCGUCGAUUUGUCCAUAAAGGAUCAAAGUAUGCAGGCCUUUUUCCUGUGAAGUUUUUCAACAAAAAGCACAAAAUUCCUGCCCAUCUUUAUGCGGCCGACGACCAGUUGGUGGAGCAAAUAAACAAUGCUAUUGAGCCCUUUAUGAAGCAAACAAAAUGUGACACCGCUGUUGAAAUAAAUCCUGGAAUAGGUUUAUUUACACGCAAAUUAAUAAACCGUGAAGACCAACUACGUAAAAUUGUUUUAAUCGAAGCUGUGGAUCACUUCAUGUCAGGGCUCAGAGACUUGCAUAAUUUGUAUCCAGAACGCGUAAAGGUAAAGCAUGGUGAUGUUCUGGGCCUAUGGAAAUUGAUGUUUCAGGAUAAUAUGGACGGAGGUACACGCGUUGCUGAUAUGUUAAGUGACUUGCCAAGUCGGGAAUUUAAUGAAGAACCGAUUGCGCUCCUGUUUGGCGCUGUUGGCUGUUAUAACUUUUUCAAGCACCUCAUAAACUCGAUAGUCUUUCAAAAUGGUUUGCUUAGUUGGGGGCGUUUCGAAAUGUACCUAGCUGUGCCGCCACCCAUUUACAUUCAUCUCACCUGCAGUCGGGAAAUUGGUUAUAUGCUCUACAGAUCAUCGUCAAUGCUUUUCCAAAUGAUGUUCGAGUACCGCUUCAUUGCACGGCUGCCGCGAGAGCAAUUCCUACCUAACCAAAGGAAAACUUCUGCAACAAAAGGUAGCAAGUUGUAUAAGGUGGAAUCAAUUAACCCCGAAUAUUUGUACUUGGUUAGAAUAGUGCCGCGCCGUAAUUUUUAUGAUCUCUGCCCGAUAAAUGAUUUGCAAGCACUGUGGUACUUUGUUAAACAGAACUGCAUUAGUCGGCGAAAUCGCAUCAUACCCAACUUAGAAAAAUGGGUACCAGGUUGCGGACCACGUCUCAUCAUAAACAGCGCUUCGUCUGAAUCUCUGCACCCGCUUUAUCCAGAUGAAAAUAUUUCAGAUUUACCGCACUAUUCAACUCGCUGCACAACUAUGAGCAAUGAGGAUUUUUUUCCACGCAUGAAUAUUUUUACAGAAUUCGGCGAUCUCUCGCCCAGUCAAAUGCUUACAUUAUUCACACAAUUUCGGCACUGGCCUGAAUAUAGUGAAAGUUCAUUCCUUGCUUCGCUUGAAAAUACUUUGCUUAAAAUGGAAGCGUCUGCCGACGAAAGCGGCAUUGGCAUCACUGAAGAAGAUGAUGUGCCAAGUGAAACUGCUUUGGGAGAGUUAAACGAAUUUGAAAAUGAACCCACAAAGCGCAAUCGUAAAUCUGCAAAAAGUAAUUAACAGCUUUAAAGCGGUACACAAAA